UUAUGUAAAGCCCUAGCAACACGUAAAUAACCACCAUAAAAUUAUCAUUAAAAUCAAUUUUAGAACAACAGGGGGUUGUCAUUCAUUGUAUAUUUAUUUAAUUUAAGUUAUUUUUGAAAAUAAAAAAGGAAAAUGGAAGUUGAAGCUUUGUCAGUAGCUAGUAAUAGUCAGCCCAACUUGCACGAGCUUCUAGGCAUUACUAAAACUCCACAAAAAGGGAAUAGAGUUGACAAGGGGACGAAGAUUUCGUUCAUGACGACCCUCGAUCGGGAGAUGUUUCCGACAAAGAUGCCCCAGAAUCGAUUCGGCAACGAGAUCUGUCCACUGCGGGGUGCACCACAUAGAGGUCCAGGGUGUUAUGAAAAUGAAGAGAAAACCAAUUUCUGGUAUGACAUAGAACACAAAAUCAACUCAACAAAGGGCUACACACUUGGUGCAAGAACAGGCCCUAGAUUUCCAAAGAAGAAUGUGGGAGGCCUUAUAAAAGCCAACACGGCAUUUGAUUUCUUAAAUUCUGACUCAAAUAUACCAAAAUUAGAAAGGCACAUUACUACUGCUUCAAUGUUCCAGACACCCAGCCCAAUGGCCUAUCAGACAACCUGCACAGACCUGAAGGAGUUUGAAACUUCAGAGAAGCCAUUCCUGGUUGGGGCGGAGAGAUUUCCUGUCUACAGGCGAGAUAUUGAAGAAGUGCUUCCUGGUGCAGGGGCAUAUGAGCACCAGGUUCGUCGUAACCGCAAGGUCCAGUGGCACCAGUCAUUUGGUGGGGCACCAAUCCUGAUGCCGACUAUACAGGUCCGCAGUAUCAUCGACCAAAAUACGGAAAAGCUUUACAGUACGAAAGAGGAAAAGAAAUACAACAGAAAAUUAGCAUACAUGAAGUUAUAUUACUGAAUAAAUCUUACAAACUUUACUGCUUUUAAAUAUGCUUUAUCAAAUUACUUCUCAUGGUUCAUAAGUUGUUAAUUUACCUAUCUGAAACGGGGAUGAGAAAAAAAGAUUGAAAUUGAAAUGAAUGAUUAUUAAAAUUUUAAAAAAUGACUUUGAUUUGCGCUGUGAUUAUUAAGAGAAAAAGGUUAAGUUUAUAGAAGAUGAUUAUUGGAUGCAAAUAUAGUUUCUGCAUUUGAUAUAAAUUUUAUUUGUACAGAUGUAUUUGUUGUCAUUUUGAAAAUGAUUAGAAUUUCAUAUGAUCAUAUCUUCACAACUUAUGGUACAGCUCAGAACAAAGUUUGGUUAGUUGUACAUUCGUAAAUUACAAUCAACAUUAUAAUCUUUAGUUUAUUUGCUAAAUAUUGGUUAUUUCCACUAUCUAACAGAUAUAGAACACAAUAUUGAGUUUACCUUAAUUAAGAUAGAUUACUGUCUGAAGCUGGCUAAAUGUACUGAGCUGUAGCCUGAAGAAAUUGUGCUGAUAAUAAGCACAAGUCACAUACCAUGUAUAACUGUUGUGAAGUUUAUGUUUUAUAUAAUACCAUUUGUGAUUAUUUGUUGUUGAAUAACAGUAUUGAAAGAUUUA